AUGUUUGGAUUCAAAAGCGAGUUUGUGUUGAAAGACAUUGAUUUAGACGUUAACAAGAAGUCAAUUACUGUUAUUCUCGGACCAAAUGGUUCCGGCAAAACGAGUCUAAUGAAUAUAAUUACAGGAUUAGUUGAAUUUGAAGGACAGGUGAAGAUCGGUGGACACGAUAUCACGAAAGAGUCGUAUUUGACGAGAAAUAUGACGGGAAUCUGUCCGCAAGAAAACGUUUACUUCAAAUACCUGUCAAUUAGAGAGCAUUUGAAACUUGUCUCAGAUCUGAAGCAAACUCUACGCGAGAGUGACAGCGGAUAUAAUGGCGGACAUCUGAUCCGUCUCUUGAAUCUGGAGUCAGAGCUGAACAAAGAGGCGUUCAAACUGUCGGGCGGAACACUCAGACGACUGGUGCUGGCGGUGGCCCUCAUCGGUCCCAAUGAUGUCCUCCUAUUGGAUGAGCCGACAGCCGCUUUGGAUCCCAUAAUCCGCCGCAAAGUCUGGGAUCUGAUACUGGACUCAAGAAAUAGUAAAACCGUUUUAAUAACUUCACAUCAUUUAGAAGAGGCUAACCUUCUGUCCGAUCAGAUCUGCAUUAUAUCCAAAGGAAAUAACGAAGAAUUGGUUUAUGAGUUGAACUUUGAAGACAGCCAUAGAUUCAGCGAAAUGUUUGACGACUUGUAUGCAAACGAGAGUUAUUUAGCCAUAAAUGAUAUAUCGCUAGGAAUGACAACUCUUGAGGGCUCGUACGCCAAGAUUGUGUCCAAAAACAAACAGAUGAUGUUUUAA